AUGUCUAGCGGAGAGGUGCUCAAGGCCGACAAGGACUUUACCAAGGAGGUCGAUGUCGCCAUUCCCGAGGCGGAGAAGCUAGCCUCUAGCAACCCGCAAGCUGGAAUCGAUAAGCUACUCACGCUUGAGAAGCAGACUCGUCAGGCUUCCGAUCUUGCUUCGACAUCCAGAGUCAUAAUCGCCAUUGUCACAAUAGCAAAGAAUGCAAAGGAUUGGAACUUGAUGAACGAGCAGGUCCUGCUCCUCUCCAAGAAGCAUGGUCAGCUCAAGCAGGCGACCACCAAGAUGGUACAGACCGUUAUGGGUUUCUUGGAUGAGACGCCAAAUCUCGAGACGAAGCUUUCCGUCAUUGAGACUCUGCGCACAGUCACCGAGGGCAAGAUCUUCGUCGAAGUUGAGCGCGCCCGAGUAACCCGUAUACUCUCCAAUAUCAAGAAGGAGCAAGGCGACAUUGAUUCAGCGACUGAUAUUCUUUGCGAGCUUCAAGUCGAAACGUUUGGGUCCAUGACGCGACGGGAGAAGACGGAGUUUAUCCUACAACAAGUGGCGCUCUGCAUACAGAAGGGUGAUUGGACACAGGCCGGUAUUCUGAGCAGGAAGAUCAGCACACGGUACUUUGCGAGGAGACCAAAGAAGACGCCUGAGCAGCUUGCAAAGGACCAGAAGGAGCGUGAAGAGAAGGAGAAGACCCGAAGCGUCGAUGACCCGCCCAUCGAACCUGAAGACGACGUGACGGACCUGAAGCUCAAGUACUACGAGCAGCAAAUUACUCUGGCCAAGCACGACAACAAGUACCUCGACGUUUGCAAGCACUACAGGCAAGUGCUGGACACUGAAGCUGUCGAGGAGGACCCUGACAAGCUUCGUGCGAUCCUCCAGCGCGUCAUCUACUUCAUCAUCCUCGCACCCUACGACAACGAGCAGUCCGACCUCAUCCACCGUAUCCAGCGCGACUCGCGUAACUCCCAGAUUCCACAAGACGCACAAUUAGUCAAGCUAUUCACGGUACCCGAGCUGAUGAGGUGGCCCAUGGUUGCGAAGCAGUUUGGCCCUCACCUCACCGAGACGGACGUCUUUGACGCGGAAAAGGACGACUCAGACGACCCCAAGGCAUUCCAGAGGUGGCAGGAUCUCCGAAAGCGUGUUAUUGAGCACAACGUCCGCGUCGUCGCCAAGUACUACACACGCAUCCAAAUCCCGCGCUUGACCGAGCUGCUAGACCUUACCGAAGACGAGACGGAGAAGAACAUUAGCGAAUUGGUGUCCGCAAAGACCAUCUACGCCAAGAUCGACCGACCCGCGCGCAUUGUCACAUUUUCCAAGCCAAGGGAUGCUGAUGAUGUGCUGAACGAGUGGAGCGGCAACAUGAAGAGCCUGUUGGGUCUACUUGAGCGUGUUGACCAUCUCAUCACCAAAGAGGAGAUGAUGGCACGCAUCCAGCUUACCAAGGUGGACAAGAGCAAGGCGGCCAAGAGUAAGGCGAAAUAGGAAUCGCGAUGGCUCCCAUGUACCAACAACCGCGAACGAAGUGGCGCCGUAUCGGUUUCGAUAUGAUAGCUUGGGGAAUUGAUGACGAUACAUGCAAAAGAAUCAUGACUAGUCUAGAUAUUGGUGAGCUAGGUGGCUCUGCGCGUUAUGCGCAUGUAUAAUAGAUAUUCAACCAAAUCAGAUG